AUGGCAAACAUGUUACUUUUUGGGGAAAACAAGGUUAGAAAUGGAAAGUUGAAAAAUGGGAUAUCAAAAAUAGACGGUGUGGAACCAUGUCCACUCCUCAGACAGGAGAGGGAAAUGGCAACCAUGUCCCUUACAUUUGCAGUUCCAGCACCGUCUCUCUCCCUUCCUUCACCUUCCACUCUCACCAAACUCCAUAACCGUGUUCUUCACGUCAAGCCCCUUCACUGCACUCCCACUCACCAACACGUUGAUGCAGAUACAGGUAUCAUGUGUGAGCCUUGCAAUGGAAAAGGGUGGUUAGUUUGUGACUUUUGUAAAGGCCAAAAGACUAACAUCAAAGCCGAAAACAAACGUAUCUAUCGACGAUGUCCCUCUUGCAAAGCCGUUGGGUAUGUCUUGUGUUCUAACUGCAAGGUCUUCAAAUGUGUCACUUUUCCUAAUUUCAACGAUUCAGAGAGCUGA